GACCAUUUAUAAUUUUAUUUACAAUUUGUACUAGUUAUUGAAGGAAGUUUUAUUUAAACGUUUUUAUUUUUACAUAUUUCUAGUGAAAAUGAACGAAAGUGUUUCAGAAUAACAAUAAGAACCUCAUAAACUCGAUGGUUCCUUAUGCUAGCUAAGGAGCGACCUAAAAAAGUCAUAAUUAAUAUUACUACUUAUUCUAAACCCAAAACGAAAUAUAUCAUCGAAAUGAACAAAACUUACGACUCCAGAAACGAAAAUUCAAGAUUCAUUUGCUCGAUAUGUCUUAAUAGCAAUGCAAGGAGCGAGGAGCAAAAACAUCUCGACUGCGAUAAAAGGAAAUCUAAAUCAUGUCCAAUGUGUCAAGGAACUGCCAAAAAUAUAUCGCAUAUAAGGAUCAAUAAAACUGAUAAGAUCGAAAAUAAAGUCGAAGACACCGGGAUCAAAACCGUACCUCCGUCCAAAAUAAAUAAUGAUCUUGGACUAAAUCUUCUAACUGAAGUGUUGACUGUUUUUCAAAGUCGAAAGGAACAUAAUGAUAAAGAACGAAGAACCAUCGUAUUAAAAGACGCGUGUGUAUCCGCGAAAUUGGGGAAGAUUAAACCAAAAUUGUCUCUUAGCAAAACUUUCCAAUUAUCUAUUGAAGGAGGCUGCGUUCAUGAAAGCGGGAAAUUUUGCUUAGUCAACGCAUACCAGCCUAAAGUAACUACCAACUCCCAGUAUUCUUUAGAGCUCAUAAAACAUAAAUCCUCUUCGAUACCCCAAAUGAAAAUGGAAGAACUGAGGAAUUCUUUUAAAGAGAAAACUAAAACUAAUAAAGAUGCAAUACAAGAAGUUAAUAGAAUGUUUGCUACUGUGAAAAGAGAUGAAAGCUUCGAUAAUAUAAACAGACCGAUGAUUAGGAAUGGACCAAGAGUGUUGCCAGUGGUAAAAACCUCAGAGGAUUCUGACGAAAGCCAUAAGGAAAUCUGCAAAUGUUGCCAGAACCAGAACUAUUACUUGUCUAGUGGGGAUUCUUUGGCGAAAAGGGAGCGAUGUGAGAAAAGUGUCAACGUGGAAUGUUGCAACGAAAACCACAAUCGCGUGACUAAAGAAAUGGCAGCCUGUGAACAUUGUCAGAAACCUAGUUAUGGUUAUGAUUCUUAGAUCUCUUUAUGUAGAUGAAAUAAAUCGUC